AUGGAACAAGGUCUACUAGCAAUCUGCCUUGCCUCGGGCGUCUUAGGGGUCUCCGCCCAUCUCGGACUUUUCAUUCAGUCCGACUGGGAGAAACAUGUGGUCUUCCUUGCCAAUUGCUUCACCACAUGGCCCGUGCUGGGUCUUGGAUUCCUGGCCCUCCUAGGGUACAGAGAUGUGUGUCGGGGGGUGAUCACUGCGUUCCUGACAUUUGAUAUCUCACUCUGUCUUUCUAUAGUCACCUAUCGAUACUUCUUCUGUGCCCUUUGCUGCUUCCCAGGCCCACGACUGGCACGCAUCAGCGCACUAUGGUCGGUUAAAUCUGCUGUAAUUGGCGCAAAGUGGCACAUCCAUGUUAAGGAACUCCAUCAGCAAUAUGGAGACGUUGUUCGGAUCAAACCUCGGGAGAUCUCGAUCAACGAGCCUUCUGCCAUCAAAGACAUUCAUGGGGUCGGAACGACAUGUGUCAAGGGGUCAUUCUACGAUAUGAACUAUCCCCACCGCUCUCUGCAGAUGGCAAGAGACAAGGCCUUCCAUUCCAAAAGAAGACGGCUCUGGGACCGUGGCUUCAGCUCACGAGCACUGGCCGGUUACGAACCGUACAUUCUCGACCACUGCAAGGAGCUUGUCAAGCUCAUCGCGUCCCGAGCGUCGCAGGCGCAGGAGGCAACCCAGCUUAUCGAUGGGUUUGCCUGGGACACGAUGGGGAUUCUGGCGUUUGGUAAGUCGUUCAAUAUGCUGCAUGGGGCUCCGCCUCACGCGCUGCAAGAAAUGAAGAGCAUCAGCCGAUACGCAAGCAUGCUGCUGUGCGCAACUUGGUUGGUCAUGCUUUGUCGGAAUAUGGCUGGGCUGAGGCGACAGACGGAUAAAUGGCUAGCAUGGUGUGAAGAGAAUAUGAAACUGACCCGCCGUGACCUCUUCAGCUAUCUGAUCGAGGACACGGACUCCGAUAUGGGUCAUCCCAAGACCGGGACAGAUCAAGACCUCAUCUACGAUUCGGAGCUCGCCAUCACAGCGGGCAGCGAUACCACAGCAGCCACUAUCAACGCGCUGCUUUAUCUGCUCGUGAGGCAUCCGGACAAGCUCCAGCGAUUGCGCGAGGAGAUCGACUCCGCCGUCCCAGGUGGUCAGCUCUCCCACGCGGCGUUGGUCGGUAAGCCCUACCUAGAUGGCUGUAUCAACGAAGGCCUACGUCUUUGCCCAGCUGUGAUGAGCGGAGUGCCGCGGGAGACAGGACCAGAAGGCCUGACUACGGCGGGUGUUUACAUCCCUCCGCAUACUAUUGUCUCUGUGCCGACAUACACCAUCCACCGAGAUCCACGGAACUUCCGAAAGCCCGACGAAUUCAUCCCGGAGAGAUGGGCCAGCCAGCCUGACAUGGUCCUUCGGAAAGAAGCGCUGAAUGCGUUCUCGGCCGGCACCUACAGCUGUGCAGGGAAGUCAUUUGCGAUGAUGGAGAUGCGCCUGGUGAUCGCCACGCUUGUGAUGCAUUUCCACAUUGAAUUUCCCCCUGGGGAAGGGCAGGAGUCGCUGGAGACACUGGGAGGGACAGGGCCCCGGGACUGUUUCACGACCCAUAUUCCACGGUAUCAUCUGAUCUUCAGACAGCGAUAG